UGGCACUGAAAGAGGAGAGUCAAGAACUGAAUGAAACAGAAGAGAAAGAUCAAAAUGAGAAACAUCAUGGUUUCAAAACUGAAGAAAAAUCGAUUAGUUGCUCACAGAAUGAAAAUACUGCCUCACCAAAAAAAGCUCAAAAAACACAAACUACAAACCUUAAUUCCUACAUGAGAAUCCAUACAGGAGAGAGCUCUUUCACCUGCCAACAGUGUGGACAAACUUUCAAUCAAAAAGAAAGCCUUGAAGUCCACAUGAAAAUUCACAAUGAAAAGAAGCCAUUCAUAUGCUCUCAGUGUGGAAAGUGUAUUACACAGAAAAAAAACCUUAAUGCCCACAUGAGAACUCACACUGGAGAGAGACCUCACACCUGCAAACUGUGUGGGAAGAGUUUCACACGUAAUGGAAACCUUAAGACUCACAUGAGAAUUCACACUGGAGAGAAUCCAUUUGUAUGUGAUCAGUGUGGAAAGAGUUUUAAGCAGAAAAAACAACUUUAUACCCACAUUAGAAGUCACACUGGAGAGAAGCCAUUCACAUGUGAUCAGUGUGGAACGAGUUUCAGAUAUAAAGAAAACCUUAAUAAUCACAUGAGAAUUCAUUUAAGAGAAAACCGUUUUAAAUGUCAUCAGUGCGAAAGGAGUUUCACAGAGAGGAAACAUCUUAAGAAUCAUGUAAUAAUUCACAUCGGAGAAAAGCCUUUCAUGUGCCAUCACUGUGGGAAGAGUUGCUCAAGAAAAGGACACCUCAAGGUUCACAUCCGUGUUCACACUGGAGAGAAACCUUUCACCUGCCCUCAGUGUGGAAAGAGUUUCAGGUUUAAAGGAAACCUAAAGGCUCACAUUAGAAGUCACACCGGAGAGAAGCCAUUCACAUGUCUUCAGUGUGAAAUGAGUUUCCCAAAAAGCACAGACCUGAAACAUCAUUUGAAAACUCAUUCUGGAAAGAAAUUGCCAUUUUCCUCAGUGUGACAAAGGGUUUAGAAAAAGGAGCAAUUUCAACAAUCCAUUCUAAAAGACAAUUCAAUUUUGUUGGCCAGAUAAAAUGACAGAUAAAGAAAAACGUAAAUAAGAAUUUUUCAGUGCACCAAAACACAAAGUACUAAAAGUCUCCAUAUUAAGGCAAAACAUCUCUCCGCCAAACAAAACUGAACAAAAUUACUUUUUUCCAUUGGUUGUAGGUGUUUAUUUUAGCUUAUUGUUUAGUCAAGUUGAUUUCAAUUUAAUGUUGUAAUAUCUGGAUGAGAUUACUGAUUGUGGAGCCCUU